AAAAUGGCGGAACUGGCACGUUUUUGAAGACCUCCUGUGUUAUCUGCCCCAAUAUUUACCGUUUUAGCUAUUUUCUACGGUAGCCGUUGAAUGGGAGGCUGGGUGAGAAGACUGCGGGCCCGCUGGCAGGCGUACCGGUACCGGUUCGUGCCGUGGAUCGCUGUAAACCUGAAGGACAGGAAGGUGCGGUCUGUCCCCAAAGGCACGCAGGACAAGAUCAUCCCAGACUCAGCCGUCUUGUCAACCCUGGUGAUGUUGAAGACGCUCGGGUUCUGCACAGAGAGGAAGGAAAGUAGUUUAGUGGGAGCAGGGAGAGGAGUAUUUGUGACGAGGGGAACUGUUCCAGCUAAAACUGUAGUUUCCAUGUAUCCAGGUACAAUGUACUACCCUUUUGAACCCAUCCUCCUACAGUCCAUAGCCAACCCGUUUGUGUUCCGCUGUAUUGAUGGAGUCUUCAUUGAUGGGAAUGACUGUAGGAUCUCAAAGAUGAUCUACAGGUCUUGUGCUGGGCGUGACCGGAUUGGACCGUACUUGACCUGUGACCGGUCGUGGCUGACUCAAUAUCCUAAAAAUCCACUGGCCGUGGGACAGUAUGUGAACAACCAGUCUGCAGGUCACCCAGCCAAUGUAGCAUACCAGGAGUAUAACAUCCAAGUGGACUUCCCAUUCACUCUGAGGAAGUAUCUCCCUAACAUCCACUAUAGCCCCAACCUGCAGACUGCUGGGGAUGCCAGUUACAGGUCACUCAGAGUGGUGGUACUGGUGUCUUUACGUGACAUCCAAGCAGGGGAGGAACUCUUUUCAUCUUACUUCACCCUCGUGGAAUAAGCUGUUAUUUCACCUUCUCCGAACUAAAGAAGCCGUUUGGCACUGAAUUUGACAAUGUAUUAAU